AUGGUGCUCCUUCACGAGCUGGUCCCCUCGGUAGCGGAGCACUGUCGCGGCCUGGUCGUGGGCAAGCGCGUGCAGGUGUUGGAGGGUCGAAAUUUUGCGACUUUCUCAGGUGGGGAGCUGGGAAAGCUUCUCAGCCUCGACGUCGACUCGCGGCUCUGCCUGGUGCACUUCAAGGGUCGUCCCAGUCCCGUGGAGGUGCCCGUGCGACACCUGCGAGGUCUUGGUGCACCGAAGGAGGAGCUUUCUUCGCCCGUAACGCGAAGCGGGCGAAGCGGAACGCAGAACGUUGAGGCCGCGAGCCGCUUUCGCGGAAGCCGGCGAGCACGAACGCCUGUGGCCAACGCA